ACCAUUUUACAUUUUAUUUGGCUGUGUUGUGUCGUGAGGUAUAGACGCGUAAUAUUGUAGUGCAGUGAAGUGAGUUUUCCCAAAUAAUUACAUGGCUUCAAGUCAGUGAUAGUUUGAAAUCGUCAUGUCUGAUUCGGAGGGCAGUAAUUACUCCGGGAGCGGUUCGGAGGCUGGUAGCGUGGUGUCAAACCGUUCCAAGCGGAGUGCCGCGUCGAAUAGGUCUGCGAGGUCCCGCUCGGUAUCCCGUUCUCGGUCCCGCUCGGGGAGCCGCACACCGAGCCGGAGCCCGAGCCGCUCGCGCUCUCGCUCCCGGUCGCCUUCGCGUUCACGAUCGCGCUCACGGUCAAGGAGUAGGUCUGCCGGGUCUGGAGGCAGCCGUAACCGAGACAACGAGGCCAAGGAGGCUUCUGGUGAUGAAGAAGUUGAGGAUGAGGAAGAGCCGGAAGGCGAGGACCUUGUGGACUCGGAAGAGUAUGACGAAGAUGAAGAAGAGGCGCGGCACAGGAAGAAACGGAAGAAGGACAGUCGCUAUGGAGGCUUCAUCAUUGAUGAGGCUGAGGUAGAUGACGAAGUUGAAGAAGAUGACGAAUGGGAAGAGGGAGCCCAAGAGAUGGGCAUCGUCGGCAACGAGGUGGACGAGAUGGGGCCCACGGCCCGAGAGAUAGAAGGCCGGCGUCGCGGCACCAACCUCUGGGACACACAGAAGGCUGAGAAAAUAGAGGAGUACUUCCGCAACAAGUAUGCUGAUGAAUCCGUUGCGUUGAGACACUUCGGUGAAGGCGGCGAGGAAAUGUCUGAUGAAAUCACACAGCAAACUCUCUUACCAGGCAUUAAAGACCCUAAUCUAUGGAUGGUAAAAUGCAGAAUUGGUGAAGAAAAAGCCACAGUGUUGCUCCUUAUGAGAAAGUUCAUUGCUUAUCAGUUUUCUGAAGAACCAUUCCAAAUCAAAUCCGUUGUCGCUCCAGAAGGCGUGAAAGGGUAUAUUUACAUUGAGGCGUACAAGCAAACUCAUGUGAAAGCGCUUAUUAAUAAUGUGGGGACGCUUCGGAUGGGUAUUUGGAAGCAGGACAUGGUUCCCAUUAAGGAAAUGACAGAUGUUUUGAGAGUAGUGAAGGAACAGUCAGGUUUGAAAUCCAAGCAAUGGGUAAGGUUGAAGAGAGGUUUAUACAAAGAUGAUAUAGCUCAGGUGGACUAUGUGGAUCUGGCUCAAAACCAAGUGCAUCUCAAACUGCUCCCUAGAAUAGACUACACUAGACUGCGAGGAGCUUUAAGAACAGUUCAGAGUGAGAGUGAAGCAGCAAAACGCAAGAAGAAGAAACGCCCCGCUGCCAAACCAUUCGACCCUGAAGCCAUUAGAGCUAUCGGCGGCGAAGUCACGUCUGACGGUGACUUCUUACUCUUUGAAGGCAACAGAUAUUCAAGAAAAGGCUUUCUGUAUAAAAACUUUACAAUGUCAGCCAUAUUGGCUGAAGGUGUUAAGCCGACUUUGAUGGAAUUGGAAAGAUUUGAAGAGCAGCCAGAAGGAAUAGAUAUCGAGCUUGCAGCGCCUGCCAAAGAUGAUCCGACAAGUCUGCACUCUUUCUCUAUGGGUGACAAUGUUGAAGUGUGCUCUGGUGAUCUGGCUAACUUGCAGGCCAGGAUUAUAGCUAUAGAUGGCUCUAUGAUCACCGUCAUGCCUAAACACGAUGCUCUGAAAGACCCUCUCGUCUUCAAACCUAAUGAGUUAAGAAAGUACUUCAAGCAGGGUGAUCACGUAAAGGUUUUAGCUGGUCGAUAUGAAGGCGACACUGGUCUCAUCGUCAGAGUAGAGCCUCAUAGAGUUGUAUUAGUCUCAGAUUUGACUAUGCAUGAGUUGGAAGUGUUACCCAGAGAUCUCCAACUAUGCUCAGAUAUGGCAACCGGUGUAGAUUCCCUUGGACAGUUCCAAUGGGGCGAUAUGGUCCAAUUAGACCCACAGACCGUUGGAGUCAUAGUUCGACUAGAAAAGGAGAAUUUCCACGUCUUAGGCAUGCAAGGGAAAGUGAUCGAAUGUAAGCCUCAAGCUUUGCAGAAAAGACGCGAAAAUCGCUUCACAAAAGCACUAGACUCCGAGCAAAAUACGAUACAGAAGAAAGAUAUAGUGAAAGUUAUCGACGGACCACACGCAGGUCGCAAUGGAGAGAUUAAACAUCUGUACAGAAAUUUCGCUUUUCUGCAAUCGAGAAUGUACUUAGAUAAUGGUGGUAUAUUCGUGUGUAAGACUCGACAUCUUCAGCUAGCCGGUGGUAACAAAAAUCCAUCAGCUACUAACCAAUUAUCGCUUGGGUUUAUGUCUCCUCGCAUUCAAUCUCCAAUGCAUCCUUCUGGCAGAGGUGGGGCUACGCCUAGAGGCAGAGGUCGCGGUGCAGGUCGAGGCGGAGGCGUCACCAGAGACAGAGAGCUGAUCGGACAAACCAUCAAAAUCACUGGAGGACCAUACAAAGGCAACGUCGGUAUCGUUAAAGAUGCCACAGGAAGUACAGCCAGAGUCGAACUCCAUUCCGCGUGUCAAACUAUCUCAGUCGACCGGAGUCACAUUGCGAACGUCGGAGCUCCUUCCAAAGACGGUUCCUCGUCCUUCUACAGCCGUACCCCCGGCCGUACGCCGACGGCCGCCGGCGCAGCCACGCCCACGUACCGCGACACCGGCCUCAAGACUCCCAUGCACGGCUCCCAGACACCUAUAUACGACGUCGGGAACCGUACGCCUCACUACGGCUCGGCAACACCUUCCCACGACGGGUCGCGUACGCCUGCUCAUGGUGCUUGGGAUCCCGCGGCGGCCGCAACUCCGGCUAGGACCGACUUUGACUACGGUCUCGAUGAAUCCCCAGCUUCAUAUCCCGCUCCGUACGCAGCGGGGCCGUUCACGCCUCAAACUCCGGGCACGAUGUACGGGUCGGACCACAGCUACAGCCCGUACCAGCCGUCGCCGUCGCCGGCGGGGUACGCGGCGGGUUAUUUGGGUACGCCGUCGCCGGCCGGGUAUUCGCCGAGAAGCCCGUUCGCCGGAGAGGCGGCCGGAGACUGGCACACCACAGAGGUGGAAGUCCGAAUCCGUGGCUCGGAAGACGACGGUCUGGCCGGUCUCGCCGGACAAACCGGCGUGGUCCGCGGUCUGUCCGGGGCUAUGUGCGCGGUCUACUUGCCCAGGGAAGACCGCGUUGUCAACGUGCCUGGGGCUUUGUUAGAACCAGUUGUACCCGCAUCUGGAGAAAGAGUCAAGGUGGUGGCCGGCGAAGAACGCGAAGCCGUGGGACAGCUCAUCAGUAUCGAGAACCAGGAGGGCGUGGUCAAGUUCGGCACCGACGACAUCAAGAUCAUGCAGCUACGCCAUCUCUGCAAGAUGAGCACCGCGUAAACACCCUGUAUAACUUCAGAGUGACAACCUGUAUAAUUUUCUGCUGAGAACCCGACAUACAGCCUGUAUAAAUCGACAAAAUGAUCGAAUGCAGCCUGUAUAUUCCAGCGACUAGAGAAUUACGAAUGAUAAGACACCUUGUAUGAUUAUUCCAAGGGCUUUGUCGGCAAUGCGCAAAGUUUGAUUUGAUAUUUGACUGUAGCCGCGCGCGUCUGUUGACGUCUUUCUCAAAGGGGUAAUGGGUCACCUUACCUUAUAUUAAUUAAUAUGCCGAGGACCCCAGUACUGGUAUCGAGACACCCUCUAUACAUGUUGACUAGACUAUUGCAGACAUUGAAUAUGCUUUUGAGAAUUUCUUUCGUACCCUCUUGUAAUAAAAUCCAUUUUUGUUUAGCAGUCUUAUUUUGUUACUUACAAAAGGUAUGCCGCUAUAGAAAAUGCUGAUAAUGUGUAAGUUUUUUUAUGAAAUAAGCUAUUAUACUAAUUAUUUCGUUUCCAUUAUUCUUCUCAUCUUUAGUUAGUCUAUUGAUAGACCUUAUUCCAAUGGGGAAUAUUAUAUUUUUGUUGACGUCAAAUCAUUUUACACAUAUUUUCACAAACAUACUUCUUGAACCAAGAUGGCAUUCGUCGCAAGGUAAUCAUCAAUACAGGGUGUUAUUUCAAACCCGUAUUUUGCGAGGUGAAUAAUAUAAUAUACAGGUAAUACUGAGUAACUUUUACUAUAGGACCAAUCCCAAAAAAUAUUGAUUGUUUUAUACAUUUUGUCUGCAGAUGUUAAUGUGUUAUGGGGGAGCCAAUUUUUAUUUAUUUCGGGGUUGGUCCCAUAACAAAAGUUGCUCAGUACUCAGUAUGAAGUUUUAGCCAAGAGUUGACAAACACCCGUAUACAUACAUAGAGUACCGCACCGGGAAUUGUCGAGACCAAAUCAGAGUUUGACAAAGACCUUCCAUAGUCAGAUUAUAAAUUUAUCAUCGAGGGACAUGACAUCGUUAUUGUUGUAAGCUUAAACUUCCGUGUAGAAGUUAGGAAAU